AUGAAACAAUCCAGAGACGCAGAGACCGACUUGAACCUCUACUACUUCUCAGAUUUUGAGAGACACAAUGCAGAGAUCGCUGCUUUUCAUCUGGACAGAGUGCUCGGCUAUAACAGGAUCCCUCCCGUGGUCGGGAGGCUUAUUAAUGUCACUUCAGAAAUCCGAGAGAUCACCACUGACCGUAAACUGUCCCGGACCUUCUUCAAGUCUCCAGUUGGUAAUGUGUGCUUUCAUGGCCAGUGCGAGUACUACUGCUCCACAGAGCACCCCGUCUGUGGCCAGCCCCACACCCUGGAGGUUUCCCUGGCUGCGUUUCUGCCCGAUCUGGACUUGGCCCCCCGCCGGUCCUGGAGGUCUCCAUGGAGACGCUCAUACAGUCGCACCAAGCUGGCCCAGUGGGAGAAAGAGCCAGACUACUGUGACACAGUGAAGCAGACGCCCCCAUACGACCAGGGCACCAGACUGGUUGAUGUCAUCGAUAUGGCCAUACUGGACUUUCUCAUGAGCAACAUGGACAGACAUCAUUAUGAAACAUUUGAAACAUUUGGAAACGAGACAUUUCUGCUGCAUCUGGACAACGGACGAGCGUUUGGCCGGCACUCCGUCGAUGAGCCCUCUAUCCUCACUCCUCUCAAACAGUGCUGCAGGAUCCGGCGCUCCACCCUGCUGCGCCUGCGUCUCUUGUCACAUCCCAGCUUCCGUCUGUCAGACGUGCUGCGUGAGUCUCUGUCCCAGGACCCUCUGUCUGCUGUGGCCCCUCUGCUGUCUGAAGCCCACCUCUCUGCUCUGGACCGCCGCCUCCACACAGUCCUGAGAGCCGUCCGCCAGUGUCAGGACAAGCACACAGAUGUGGUUUAUAACGACAUGGAAGACAUGGGUCAGACGCAGGACUGGGCAAUGCUCUGA